AUGAAACAGCUGCGCACACAACAGCAUUCUCAUCAGAACUCAAAAGCUUGGGCAAGUCUUGAUUGCCUUGUAACACCAUUUCCUGCAGUACCACCAACCGCUCGUUUGUCAAUAGUUAUGCGUUCGAAUGGUCAUCUUCCGAUAAGUGACCCGCGUCGUAUAUCUCCACAAACUACGAGUUCCAGUGGUUAUCACAGUGAUCUUUCAUCGGCAACACCAGUUAAUGGAUCUCCACAAUCCAUUCAUGAGAUUUUACCUAGUACACUUGAAAAAUCUUCUAUAUCGUCUACGUCAUCAUCAACAUCACAAUCACAAAACAAGUCUUUAUCAAUAACAACAAAUUCUACCUAUGAUAAACCAGUAACAAGUAAAAAUCUUUCACGUCUAUCAAGUUUUAUUCGUAAACAAUAUGAACGCGCAAAAUCGAAGUUUACUUCCAAAUCAACUUCAUCGCAAAUAUAUGCAUCAGCUGUAACAACUUGUAGUAAAGCAACAUCAACAGCACCCUUAACACACUUGUCCGAAGAUAGUUCUAUAAUAAUGAACAAACAAAUUGAAAAUUCAGUAUCGAAUAAAAAAUCUUCGUACUAUCCAAAUAAUUAUUCGUCUAUUUAUCAGCAAAGUUCAUUUACCGAACCGGUUUAUCCAGUCGAUGCAUAUUCAUCACAUAAUCAUCCAACUAAGUUUGCAGCAUCUCAUCAAAAGAAAAACUAUAGUUCAAUUCAUGACUGCUAUUCUCAUCAGCUACCGUAUCGUUAUUCAACAAAAACUAAUACUAAUAAUCAUCAAUAUUCAUCAUCAUCAUCGUAUCGUCGUUUAGCUACGAUAGCUAAUUUCGACAAUAAUAAUUAUAACACACAUCGUCAUCAUUAUUAUCCUGUAGAAACAUUAUCAUCAUCAUCAUCUUGUCAAAAUUAUUAUCCAUAUCGGUAUACAAAUAAUAAUUAUGAAUAUAGUCGAUCAAACUAUGUUUCAUUAAGUGAUUUUAUAAGUAAUAAAAAUAGUGCAUUUAAGCCUAUUGGACAAAGAUCGAAACAAUUUUAUCCACGACCAAUAUAUAAUAUGUAUGAACAAGUACCACCAUCCGAUGAUCCUUGUGACCUUGAAGUAGCACAAUAUUUUCCACAAACAUCUCAAUGGAGUAAUCCAAAUUAUUUUGAUAUUUAUUCGAAAGACUUAACUGUGCCAAAACAGAACUAUGCUGAAACUUUAUGUUAA